GAGGAGGACGCACACAGUUCAACCCGGACGUGCAGUAGAGACGCACCGCAGCCAAGUUGUGUUCCCGUCAUAUCGGUCCGGGACAAUAAUUGGGUGAAAGGUCUGGUCGGGCAGGAGUGACAGCUAAAACAAGACGUUUGGGACAGCGGACACCGAGCAGGGCAGGAACCAUGGCCAAGCAGCCGCAGCCAAUCAGCCCGCUGAAGAACUUCUUCGCCGGCGGCUUCGGAGGAGUCUGCCUCGUCUUCGCCGGGCAUCCACUCGACACCAUCAAAGUGCGUUUACAGACUCAGCCGAAGCCUAAACCCGGAGAGAGCCUCCUGUAUGCAGGCACCCUCGACUGUUUCAAAAAGACCCUCGCCAAAGAGGGCAUGAGGGGACUCUAUAAAGGCAUGGCAGCCCCUAUAAUUGGAGUCACACCCAUGUUUGCUGUCUGUUUCUUUGGAUUUGGUCUUGGCAAGAAGCUGCAACAGAAAAGCCCCGAGGAUGUCCUUACGUAUCCACAGCUGUUUGCUGCCGGGAUGCUGUCUGGUGUGUUCACCACAGCCAUCAUGGCUCCAGGCGAGCGGAUCAAAUGCCUCCUGCAGAUCCAGGCAGCAUCUGGGGAGGUGAAGUACGCUGGACCGAUGGACUGUGUCAAACAGCUGUACAGAGAGAGCGGGAUCAGAGGGAUCUAUAAAGGCACUGCUCUGACCCUCAUGAGAGAUGUGCCAGCAAGCGGGAUGUACUUCAUGACCUAUGAAUGGCUGAAGAACAGCCUCACGCCAGCCGGAAAGAGCCCCAGUGAGCUCAGUGUGCCCAGCGUGCUGUUUGCUGGAGGAAUGGCUGGGAUCUUUAACUGGGCCGUGGCAAUUCCACCCGACGUCCUCAAGUCUCGUUUCCAAACAGCUCCUGAGGGAAAGUAUCCAAAUGGUUUUCGGGACGUUCUGCGUGAGCUGAUUCGGGAGGAGGGCGUGACCUCUCUGUACAAAGGGUUCAAUGCCGUCAUGCUUAGAGCUUUCCCCGCCAACGCGGCGUGCUUCCUAGGAUUCGAGGUUGCCAUGAAGGCACUGAACUGGUUAGCGCCAAACCUGUGAUGAAGGCUUGGUGCCGCCCUGCGUCCAGCUCCCAGGGGCAGAACGUCAACAAGACAGCAGAGUGUCCACACACACACACACACACCCAUCGCCAUAAAUGUCCACAGAUCCUAACACACCAAUUCCCACCAGUGUGCUCAUUUGUCUUUGAGAGACUUAUGGUACUACAGAGCACAUUGAUCACUGAGACCUGCACAGAGGCUAAGGGCUCUCUGCAGAGACGAUCCUGUACAGCCUACCUACUGUAAGCCAGUACUCACACAUAGCCAUGAUUGUCCUCAUUCACUUCGUUUUAUUGUUUUUUUUUUCUUUUCUCUUUUCUUUGUAUAAUUUUUAUCAUAAUAGGGGUAAACUGAUCAUGUGCCUUACCUUUGCUAUGUGCGAGCAGGGGAGCAUAUCAGGGAAAAGGUGCAUUUUCUUGUACUGUGUGUGUUCAGUCUCAGCAAUAAAUGCCUUUCAGAUUCUCUGCUCCCUGUAUGAUCACAUUCCACUCAGUGAUCCAGUUAUCAGAUAACGUCACAUCACAUUUUAUCUGUUUAAUAUGAAAGAAAUGCUAAGAGCCUAGUUAUAGACAAGCUGAUUCAGUAGGGGAUCAAGUCUGUGAAUGUCAGCAUGUAUAUAAAUAAAAUGCAGAAUCUGUAUUUGGAAAUCA